CAAUUACACCCACCGUGUUUUUAAUUAGUCAGUUCAACGUUUCUUCUGAGUCUUUGGAGUGCAAGAUUGGAGUUCUUCCAACCAAAAUUCUUUAGUAACAGAACAGACAGCUAAUUCGUGAUUUCGCGUUGACAUGAUCGGCUAACUAGCUUGCUUGCUCGUGUAGAAGAGCAAAGAAACUGAUUAAUAAAAUGGUUGCUUGCUUUGCUCGCCCAAAUGUACCACCACUAUUACAAGCAUCAUAGGCUCUUGGCUCAGUUUAGAUCUUCAUCCUCUACAUCUUUCUUGCCCGGUUCAUCUUGCUUAGCUAACUGCGGUGUUCAGAACUUCUGGUGUGGCAAUGGCCGCCGAGGUGGAGGGCGCCAAGGCGGCGAGCCUGGCCUUCCGCAUCGCGGCGCUCGCGUUGUCGGUGGCCGCCGCCGUCGUCAUGGGCACCGCCAGCAACAUCCUCGUCGUCCACGGCGGCUCCGGCGCCGGCCGCGUCGUCUCCUACUCCAACUACGGCGCCCUCACGUACUUCGUGGCGGCGAGCGCCGUCUCGGCCAUCUUCGCCGCGCUGGCGCUCUACUGGUUCGUCCAUGGCGGAUCGCGGCGGGUGUGGGCCCUCGACGCCGCCGCCCAGGCGCUCCUCUUCUCCGCCUCCGGCGCCGCGCUCGCCGCGCGGGGCUGCUUCGUCGAUGGGGCGGACGGCGGCGCGUUUGGCUCCAGGACUGGCGUCGCGGCGGCCGUCGGCGCCGGCGCGGCUGUCGCCGUCGCCCUCGCCGCGCUGACGAGUUUCUCUCCGCGCGGCGGCGGCGGCGGCGGUGACUCAGACGGCCAUGGCUGCAAGCACGGAUGCUAGCUAGCAAGCUACUUGCAUCUUGUACAGAGCAAAAGAAAAACAGAACAGAACAGAGGAAUUAAUGGCUUUGCAGGAUGUCAUCUCUCUCUAUUAUAUAUACAUAAGCCUGACAUA